AUGCUUGAUUUUUUUUUUUUUUUAACAAUAUCAUCAUCAAAUAUAGUCCUAAUACAUCAAAAUCUAAGAAAAAUUGCAACAAACAAGGCGGAAAUUUUCUGGGAGAAGACAGAUCUGGGUCGGAAGGAGGGAUCCCACCCACGGGAUCAAGCUCCGUUCGUCUCCCUCACCAUCCUUCCCGAAAAUCCCUCUGUUUCAGAAAAUACCUAACCCAAGACAGAGUAGCAGAGAUGGAAGAAAACUGAGGAGGCCGGCCGGCUAGCUGCUGUGCGAUGGAGAGGAUGGUGACCGGCUACUGUGAGGCGCAGAAAAGACCACAGAUCCGUGGCUAUUGAUGUCGGCUCUCUCCAAAAUCAGAAAAAUGGAACCCAAGAACAAAUCUGAAUUCAAACCCCUUUUAUCCGAUUGCUCCUCUUCAAAACCAGAUCUCAAACAUUCCUCACUUUCUAGUUGCUGCGUCUUGCUCUUCUCCCCAAAAACCAGAUCUGCAAGAUCUCCAGGAGGAAGAAGGCUGAGGUAAAGUGAAAGGAAAGAGAGAAGGCUGGGAGCAGAAGAAAGCUCUAAGGACUUUUAGCCACUGCCCUCUUUUCGUUUUGGUUGCCGAAUUCUUCUUUUGAUUUGGUGGUGACCGAGGAUGGUGAUGGAGGCUGUGAUGAUGAAGAAAUCGGCAAGAAGAUGGUGAAGAUCUGAAUCCAAAGGGUUCUUUUUAUUUUUUUUUUUGGGAGGCUUGCGGCUAGGGUCCUUUUUCUUUAGAAAGGAGAAGGGUCGAGAGAGAGGAGAUUUUUUUUUGGUCUGCCGUCCCCCCUCAUUGCCGA